GCGGAGCAAGUGAAGGGAAGAGCCACGGCCUGUGGGGGCUCCGGGAGGCUCCGCUGGAGGAGCCUGUGAAGGGGGAAGUGGGGGAGGGGCCGGGCCUUGACCCUUCUCUUGCGCAUGCGCGACGGUGUCUGUGCAGGAUCGUGAAUGGGGAGGGGUUGAAGAAGAUGGCGGUUAACGUGUAUUCAACUUCAGUAACUAGCGAUAAUUUGAGUCGACAUGAUAUGCUGGCCUGGAUCAAUGAAUCUCUGCAGUUGACUUUGACAAAGAUUGAACACUUAUGUUCAGGGGCUGCUUAUUGUCAGUUUAUGGAUAUGCUUUUCCCUGGUUCCAUUGCUCUGAAGAAAGUGAAGUUUCAAGCAAAACUGGAACAUGAAUAUAUUCAGAACUUCAAGAUUCUCCAAGCAGGUUUUAAGAGGAUGGGUGUGGACAAAAUAAUUCCUGUGGACAAAUUAGUGAAAGGAAAAUUUCAAGACAAUUUUGAAUUUGUUCAAUGGUUCAAGAAAUUUUUUGAUGCAAACUAUGAUGGGAAAGACUAUGAUCCUGUAGCAGCUCGUCAAGGCCAAGAAACGGCAGUAGCCCCCUCCCUCAUGACUCCAGUUUUGAAUAAGCCAAAAAAACCUCUUGGUUCCAGUGGUGCAGCUCCACAGAGGCCCAUUUCUACACAGAGAACUACAGCACCUUCCAAGACAGGCCCUGGUAUGGUCAGAAAGAAUCCAGGGAUGGGAAAUGGAGAUGAUGAGUCAGCAGAAUUGAUCCAGCAGAUCAAUGUAUUGAAACUCACUGUUGAAGACUUGGAGAAAGAGAGAGACUUCUACUUUGGAAAGCUAAGGAAUAUUGAAUUGAUUUGUCAGGAAAACGAAGGGGAAAGUGAUCCAGUGUUGCAGAGGAUUGUGGAGAUUCUCUAUGCCACAGAUGAAGGCUUUGUGAUACCUGAUGAAGGGGGUCCGCAAGAGGAGCAAGAAGAGUAUUAAUAACCCAUGUACUGUACCAGUAGAGAAGCAACAUCUGAAUUCUUCACCCCAAAUCAUGUGCUUAACUGUAAAAUACUCCCUUUUAUUAUUUUUAGAGGACUCACUCACUGGUUUCUUUUCGUAAGCAAAAAGUACCUCUUCUUAAAGUGCACUUUGCAGAAGUUUCACUCCUUUUACAAUGGGUAUUGAGUUAGGAACUUUUAUCUUGUGGUAAAGCAGUAUUAACAUCUAGCUGGUUCACUUAGGGAACAAAGAGGCAGAUCUUGAGAGCUCACUUUUUGGUUGCUGGUAAACAUACUGAUUCCUGAAAAAUUGUUUUUAUAUAACAUACUAAAUGGAGGCUCAGAAUAGAGAAAUGUGAAGAUGACUCACAAAAUGAAUUAGCUAAUGUGAAAUCUCAACAGAGAACUAAAUAAAUAAUGCCUUAAGAGUAUUUAAAAAUGUUUCCUUAUGUCAAAUUAUAAAAUGUAAUAUGACAGGAUUCUUUGUGCUUCAUCUUGUGGUUAGAAAGCGCCUAACCUUAUACAUGACUGUCUGGGAAGGCCUGUGGUGCUCUUUUAGUACUUGCAGGCAUAGAAAUUGAUCAGAAUGCAAAGUAAAGAAAUUUAUUCUAGAGCUUUUUGGUAAUGCUAAGUGGUAGUCCCCAUGAAAGAAUAGGCUGGAUUUUUGCCUAACAAUCAGAGGGAGUCUUUUGGCUCUGAGAUGUAUGAUUGAGUUGAAGAGCUCAAAAUUGUUUUCAUUGAGCAUUUCUGUAUCAGUUUUUCGAUGUUACUCCAAAUCUUCUGUGCAUUGUGUUUUCUAGAAAGCAAGAUGUGUCUGGUCUUAUAUUACCUAAAGAUUGCUUUUGGAAAGCAAAAACGCCUCCCUAGAAAUGAAUGUUACUUGGGAGCAGAUUGUCUUGUUUUCUUUUAGUUAACUUUUUAUUCUUCCUUUUCCUUUAUGUUCCCCUUUUGGGGUCUCUUCUUUCUGCCCCUUAAAACAUGCUGCUGAGAACAAGACAUACCAUGGGCAGGUGAUCAUGCUCCACGUUCUUUCUGGACCUCUGGUAGAGGGAGAGUGAUCUGUGAAGGCUGAGAUUACCUUGUGAUCUGUAAGGCCUUGGGUUUUUGGUUUUUUUUUUUUUGGUACCUGCUGUCCACAGCUCUCACUGUAUCUGAAUAGUUGCCAGUGCACUAAUCUCCUUGGAGAUAAAUUUCAUUAGAGUGUGUUACUAAAUGUUAAUUUUUUUUGCAGAAAAUACAGUACCAUGUCUAAUUUAAAUAUUAAUAUUUAAAAUAUUUCAUUCCUAAACACUCCCAUCUUUUGCUUUGCACCUCAGCCUGUUUCAUCCUUUUUGUUUGGUAGGAACCUGCCAGAUUUCUCAGUCACCUACUACUGAGAUUGAUCAGUCCUGAUGUGCUUGUAUCAAUUUGUUUUUGGUGGUAGAUUCUGGUGUCCUAAAAUGUGUGUAGAAGGCGAGCUUUUAUGAUAAAAUUGUUGUGUAGUGCAUGAAUCUGUGUGGAAUUCUGAGGAAAACCCAAAUUUAAUUAAUAAUAAUAAUGCCAAAAAUGCAAGUAACUCGCCAUUGUUAAAAUACAGUGGUGCUAUUUCUCUCUUGUGGCCUUUUAGACUUUUGUUGCCCUAAAAAUUCCAUUUUACUGGGAAACCAUAUUCCACCUGGUCUUUCUUGACAGGGUUUUUUUCUACUUUAAACAGUUUCUAAAUAAAGUUCUGUAUUUCAAGUGUCAUGUCUUCUGAAAUUUGUCAUGCCCUGGUCUAUUAGGCUCAAAACACAAGAUGCUGAUAGUUCAAGUCUCCGUUCACAUGAUCAAAUUGUGGAUACUCCUUUUGUAUCCUUUCUUUAAACUAAUUUAUUGCAGUUUCAAAUUCUUUUGUUAUAUAGAUACUCUUUUUCUUUGUCAUCCUAACCACAUAGUUUGUCUUAGAGUUAGGCUAGACAUUCCUUUUCCUUUUUCUAAAGACAAAUACAAUAGAUCCCUCACUGGUAGUCAAGAGUAGAUUUUUUUUUCCUGCUUUUGGGCAUGAUUUAAAGUAGCAAAAAUUUAUCUUAAAUACAAAUAAAAUAUGGCUAUUUUCCUCAUACUAUGAAUUUCUUAGAAGUAGCUUCAAAGAAAAAUUUGUUACAUUAAGCUUGGUUUGAACUUAAAUGGAUCAAGGACAGCCUUGUGAAUAUCCCUUUAAUACUGUGCACAAUUGUUAAUGAAAUGUAAAUUCUUAUUGUUGCUACUGUAGCCAGGACAUAUGUAAACACGAAAACCCUUAUAUGAAGAAAUAUCUUUCUAAAUAUGUCAUGUUACUUGUGAAGGAAUUUAACAUGAAUGUUGAUAAACAAAAUUAGUAACCAUAUAGGAACACACUGAAUUCAUUGGGAUGAUGUCCCUAUUAUAAUAUUACCAUUUAAUCUAAAUGUUUUCUUUGGUAGGGGACAAAACUAGUCAUUUAGAACUUUGAAGUGUGUUAAUCAAACUGAAUUUUUAUGGUUGAUGCUCAUACUAUCUCAACCAACUAAUUUGUGUUUAGGUUAUUUAUGAAGCAAACUUUAAUAAGCAGUUUGUGUUCUCUUGGCUUAUUGUAUGCUACCUGAGGAGUCUAGGAAAUUGCAUCAUUGUGAUUGGAUUUCAUACCAAGACUCACUCUUCAGACUUAACCAGAUUAGUGAAGAAUGGUCCCUUGACUUUACCAUUGUUGCUUCAAAUCCAGUGGCUUGGACUCUUGUUUAGUGACCUGGGAUUUUCCAAGUCACAGUUUUUCAAAUUGUCCCAAAUUGCUAGGUUUUCAUGGGGUGUUUUCCAAGAAAAGUGUUUGGCUUCAGAUGCUUGGCUCAGUUAUCAGCUUUUUUCAUAUUUUAAUUUGUAGAAUUUUAUUUCUGAAUUCACUUCCUUUCUCUUUACCUAAGCUAAAGUCUGAAUUGGCUAACCACUGAAGAAGUCCUUCCAAACUGAAAGCCUAUGGUCUCCCAAUUAUAUUUUUGUUUUCACUCAGUCAUUGUGUAUUUGUUAUUAAGUUACAUAAGUCAAGUACAGUGAAAUUUUGUUUUACUAAGAUUCCAUACAUUUUAUUUUUUAAAUACCAAGUCCAUGAUAUCAGAAAUUUAAUUUUUGUUCUAUGUUAUAACCUUUAGCAUGUGAGCUCAACAGACUUAGGAAGGGAACAAGUUAUUUUACUCAAACAAAAAUGACUAAGUCUGCAAAAACACUUUUUAUUAAUGGAAUGAAUUCCUAACAUACCAAUUUAACACAUGUAGUUUAUUUUGUGCAUUCCAAAGCAACUCCUCCUACAGACCUAAUGCAUAGGUCAAAGGUCUCAGGCUAUACAGCCAAAUAAGAAUAAAUUACUGUUGUGUUGAUAACAGGGAGAUUGCAGAAUAAUUUUAAUAGUUGUUCCUGAAAAGUAAUUAUCACCAGAUGAGCCUGAACCUGUAAUAAUGUGAUGAAUUUUUUUUGGUUUAAUACUUGUUAUAUUUAUUUUCUGUGUUCUCAUCUGUUUAGAGUGAAGAUCUUUAAUGAGUAAAAUUGAAUUUUUCCUAAUUUGUUGCUAUUUCAGAUUUUUGGAAAAAAGGUUCCACUUCUGUUAAUGUGGUGCUAGCAUUGCUUUUCCUCAUGUAUUUCUCUUUGAAAAAUCACAAAUAUCGAAAAUCUCCAUAAAAGGGUCCAAAAUAAAUUUGCCUCCCUUCUGUUUACCCUAUAUUUUAUUUGACUAUUUGUAGAACUGCUAACUUAAAUUGCUUCAUCCAGUUUGUUAAACAUAUAUAACUUUGGAAGAAAGCUCUUGGCUUAAUCUAAAUUUGGAUGUAAUGUCUUAUUCUUUUGACCACAGUACUACUAGUGUUCAUUCAGUAUGGUCUAAGUUGGUUAUUUUAUAGAAAGUGAGAGGUUUGAGUUAAAUAAAUGUUUUUUAAGGUCUCUUCCAGCUCUAAA